AUGGUUGAAGAAACCGUCCCCGAAGAACUGGCUCAAGACUCCCGCGAUGUCAAUGUGGCUCCGAUUAAAGAGGAAUUCAUUCUGCCGAAAGAGGACCAUGAGCUACCAGCUGAAGUGCAGGCGUUACCAAAGCGGGAGAGACGCGGGAUGAACAAAACUAGAAGAAAGGACAUGAAACACGCAGAGACUAGAAUCCGAGCGGCUGCUGUUCGCUUGUGCCCAUCGGUGAUUCAACCGGUGGCUUGCAAAUUCGGUGAAAAAUGCAACUGCGAGCACGAUAUCAGCGCAUUCCUAGAGAAGAAACCAGCUGAUAUCGCUUCAGAUUGUCCACUCUACGACGCACGUGGCAUAUGCCCAUUCAGUUACGCUUGCCGUUUCGGAACAGCUCAUAUCGAUGAAAACGGGAAACAAUCUGAGAAAACGCCGGAGAAACCCUACGAGGCAACUACCAACUGUCACUCGAUGAAAAUUCAGGUGGCACUGAGAAAGCACGAUUAUCCAUUUGAAAAGACUCAAAAUGCUCUGGACGCUAUCAAAAACGAAACUAUUGGUUCAAUGUGGCAGGAAAAACCGAAAAAAAUGGAUAUGAAGAAACUAGAUCGGCUGAAGUAUCUCGCCCCUCUGACCACUGUUGGAAAUCUUCCAUUCCGAAGACUCUGCGUCGACUAUGGAGCGGAUAUCACUUGUGGCGAAAUGGCUCUCGCUACUAGUAUUUUAUCUGGUGCCGCUUCUGAAUACUCGCUUCUCAAGCGACAUCCAUCAGAGAAGAUUUUCGGAGUUCAGUUGGCUGGUGGCUUCGCUGACACAAUGGCCAAAGCCGCACAGAUUGUAGUAGAAAAUUUCGAUGUCGAUUUUGUGGAUAUCAAUAUGGGAUGCCCAAUCGAUGUGGUGAAUCAGAAGGGUGGAGGAUGUGCCUUGCCUAGUCGCCCUAACAAACUUUAUGAGGUUCUGACAGCGACUAAAAGUGUACUUGGAGACACUCCUAUGACAGUAAAGAUCCGAACUGGUCAGAAAGAGGGGAUUCUCAAGGCUCCAGAGACAGUGGAAUUCAUGAAAAAGAACCCAUGGCACUGUCCAGAUCUAAUCACUUUCCAUCCGCGGAGCAAAGAGCAACGCUAUACAAAACUCGCAAAUUGGGAUUACACCAUUCCAGUAGCAGAGGCUGCAGCACCGGUCCCAUUAUGGGUGUGUGGAGAUGUUUUGAGUUGGGAAGAUUACUACGAGAGGCUCGAGAAAUACCCGAAUGUCAAUGGAAUCAUGAUUGGAAGAGGUGCACUCAUCAAACCUUGGAUUUUCACAGAGAUCGAUGAGCGGAGGACGUGGGAUAUUACGGCAACCGAGCGGUUUGAUUUGUUGAAAAAAUUCACUUCCUACGGUCUCGAUCACUGGGGAUCCGACGACGCCGGUGUGGAACGAACGCGUCGUUUCCUCCUCGAAUUCCUCUCAUUCCAAUGCCGUUACAUUCCCGUCGGAAUCCUGGAGCGUCUUCCACAAAGAAUCAACGAUCGUCCACCUCGGUACCAAGGUCGGAACGAGUUGGAGACCCUCCUGUCCUCCCAGAAGGCAGACGAUUGGAUCGAGAUUUCGAAGAGACUGAUGGGACCAACGCCCGAAGGAUUUCAGUUCAUUCCGAAGCACAAGGCCAGCUCUUAUUGA